CGCUCGCCAGCCAGCCUCCCUGCCCGGCUCUCCGGGGGCUUCGCGGUGGCUUUCUUUCCUCCGGCCGGAGGGAAGAGCGAGGAAUUUAAGGCAGGGGGACGCGGCCCGCGUGCCCGCAAGAAAGACCUUUCCCCGGGGCUGCAAAGGCUCUCGCUGGGCGUGGAUUUCUGCAGCAAGGGUGGUGUGUGUGUUCUUAAAUAACUCCGGUGGUAGGUUUAGCUCUGUGCUCUGCUCCAUUCCUGCCGAUUACUUGAAGACAAAGAGUUCUGUGAAGUGUGGAAGCUUGUGGUCAACUUCAUCUUCUGGAAGUUGCUUCACAAGAGGUCCUCCCAUCUGUAAUACUGGCUACUCCAAUCAUCACACGAGUCAGGCCACUGCCCCACCAAUAUGGCGGACGAAGACCUGAUCUUUCACAUCGAAUGCCUCGACAAUGGCAAGGUAACAAAAGCCGUCGCUGGGCAUUGCCAUGACGCCGAUAGCGAGGAUGAAGAUAAUUACUAUAUCUGCCCGAUAACAGACGACCCUGUCUUGAACAAGGCCUCUCAUGACAAAGUCAGCAGCUAUUACAGCAACUUGGCUAAAAAUGAGCAGUAUUCCUCCAGUUCGUCUCCUCGGAAUUCUUUCAAUAUCAAGGAAGCCUGGAAGCACGCCAUCGAGAAAGCUAAGCAUAUGCCUGAUCCCUGGGCGGAAUUUCACCUGGAGGAGAUUGAAACAGAAAACGCUAUGCGGUACAGAUACAACGCUGUGACUGGGGAGUGGGUCGAAGACGAGGUUCUGAUCAAAAUGGCUUCACAGCCGUUUGGUCGCGGAGCGAUGCGGGAAUGCUUCCGAACGAAAAAGCUGUCCAAUUUUUUGCACACUCAGAACUGGAAAGGUGCCUUUAACUACGUGGCCAAGCGAUACAUAGAAACGGUCAACAGGGAUGUGUACUUUGAGGACGUGCGGCUCCAAAUGGAGGCCAAGCUGUGGGGAGAAGAGUAUAACAGGCACAAGCCCCCCAAACAGGUGGACAUAGUUCAAACCUGCAUCAUCGAAAUGAAGAACAGGCCUGGCCAACCCCUGUUUCACUUGGAACACUACAUCGAGGGCAAAUACAUCAAAUACAACUCCAACUCAGGGUUCGUGCGGGACGACAACAUUCGCCUCACCCCGCAGGCUUUUAGCCAUUUCACAUUCGAACGCUCAGGGCACCAACUCAUCAUUGUCGACAUCCAGGGAGUGGGAGACCUUUACACGGACCCUCAGAUCCACACGGAGAGUGGCACCGACUUCGGAGACGGCAACCUGGGUGUGCGGGGGAUGGCCUUGUUUUUCCACUCCCACUCCUGCAACAAGAUCUGCCAAAGCAUGGGACUGACGCCUUUCGAUCUCUCCUCCAAAGAGAAGGACACCUUAUUUCGAAAUAACAAGCUGCUUGAAUCUGCUCAGACUGUCCUGCGAGGAACUGAAGAAAAAUGCGGCAGCAGCCGCGUGCGAACCAUCUCCGGCAGCCGGCCUCCUCUGCUUUUCCGUUUGUCCGAAAACUCCGGAGAUGAAAGUAUGAGCGAUGUGGCAUUUGACUCCUUGCCCUCUUCACCUUCUUCAGCAACGCCCCACAGUCAUAAACUUGAGCAUCUUCAUUGGCCUGUAUUCAAUGAAGUUGACAACUUGGUUCAGAAAGAUCACGAAGGCCUUGACAAUCAAAGGGACUGUGAAAAUGGAGGUGACAGUGGAUACCCCAGCGAAAAGAGAAGUGAACAGGAAGACAUGGAUCACCGGGAAAAAGGGCAUUCCAGCUGCAACCGGAGACAUGAAUCCGACGAAGACAGCCUGGGCAGCUCUGCAAGGAGAAAUGCUGUUGUAAAUAAGCCCUCUGUGACCUCUAAAACCAGCCCCUGGAGCAAACGGGUCAGUGUGGAGAAAUGGAAUCUCUACAACGCAGCCAGAGUUCACAUUCACAGACCCUCGUGUGUGGCGGUGGAAGUGCAAAGACUCAAUGCCUUGGAGCUUGAGAAGAAAAUUGGGAAGUCCAUCCUUGGGAAGGUUCACCUGGCCAUGGUUCGUUACCACGAGGCUGGCCGUUUCUGUGAGAAGGACAAGGAGUGGGAUGAGGAAUCGGCCAUUUUUCACCUGGAGCACGCAGCGGACUGCGGGGAGCUGGAAGCCAUCGUUGGUUUGGGACUCAUGUAUUCCCAGUUGCCCCAUCACAUUCUUUCCGAGGUCACGCUACAGGACAUGGAGGAAAAUAGAGUCAAAGGCUUCGAUUAUUUACGCAGAGCUGCGGAAGCCGGGGACCGCCCUUCUAUGAUCCUUGUGGCAAGAGCAUAUGAUACAGGCAUCAGCCUCGCUCCUGACAGACACCGGGACUGGAAGGAAGCCCUUCAUUGGUACAAUGCAGCGUUGAACAUGACCGAUUACGAUGAAGGAGGGGAAUAUGACGGAACCCAAGAUGAGCCCCGGUAUCUUUUCCUGGCCAGGGAAGCAGAGAUGUUGAUGACCGGAGGUUUGGGUCUGGACAAGGACCCACAGAGAUCAGGGGAGCUGUAUACCGAAGCCGCUGAAGUUGCUAUGCAAGCCAUGAAAGGCAGGUUGGCCAACCAGUACUACCAGAAAGCUGAAGAAGCCUGGGCCAUGAUGGAGGAGUGAAACUGGAAAAGACGGCGUUUCCUUGUGUAUAUAUAUCAGAGAGAUACAUUUUCUAAAAGACUCUCAUUUUGUUCAGGGUAGGGUGGGAAGAAAGAAAAAAAAAAGAUGUAUUUUUUAUGUGUUGUUAACUGAUUUUGUCUUUUUCUUAUGACGAUUUUUUCUAACUCCGUUCCAACUGAACGACAAACAGAAGCAGUAAAAUUAUAUACUGUGACUGACAUUUCAGAGCUGCAACGUCAAUUGCUGUGGAUAUUUUUUGUAAAAAUUCUCCGGGCAGGGAGAACUAUUUCUUCAUUUGGAACGAAAUAAAGCGGACCUCUGCUUAAAUGGCAUAUUUAUGGUGGGCAUGAUAGAAGGAUACGUCUUGUACACCUCUGAUCUCCAUCUCUGCCUUGCUCUGUUACAAAAUGCUAUUUAUAAUUCCUAUGGUUGGGCCUCUUUUGUUACAAGUUCGUACUUAUCUUGGGUUGAGAGUUGAUUCUCCAGGCUAGGACAUAGGUGUGAGAAUCUAGGUUGUGGAUAAUAGCCCUUCUACCCCGUAAUUUCUGAAUCUAUGGACAGGGGCAGGAGGACAAUAUAGACAUAGGAAAUCUUCCUCAGAACUAUUGUUUCUUCAUCUUUCAUUUUAUUAGGUUUAUAUCCUAUCCUUGCUCCAAGGAACUCAGAGUGGCUCCGUCUCCUUCCACCCCUUUAUUUUCACAACAAACUUGACCCUUGUCUUUGUUCCACACUCUUACUGCUAGACCGCACUGGUUCUCUCAAAGCAGCAGUUGCUAGUUAAUGAUGACACUCAAAGAUGGAGCUGCCUUCAUCAUGUGACCGCUGCCACCUUCAGUUUACGGAGCAGGAUGGGGGAAAAGUGAAAUAAAUAGAAGUUCAAACUAGCAUCUACUAAGCACUAUAUUAUUCAGCAGUGCCCUCCUCUGUGAGCAAGAUCCUUCUAUAAUGUUUACUGCAGCAAAGUUCUUAUGCAGUGUUGAUUAAAAGCUUGCUUAUGCAGGUUUAGUUCUUUAAUUCUUUUUGUUCAGUGCAGCUGGGGAGUUAAGGAUGAAUUGCCUAUUCAGCUUCUGUUCUCCAUGGCAGGGAGCUUUAAUUACUGGCUUUCUCAUAUUUUGUGUGUGUGUGUUUACUUUUCUAGCAAACCUGCAGAAUUUAAUAACAAUAAAACGAGGAAUUAAAGCUACCACCACCACCCUGCAGGGAACAGUAACUGAUGAAAUAAGGAGCAAUUAAGGUGCAAUUCAUGACUAAACAAUCAACUGUGCAGAACAGAAUGUAAUAAAGCAGCCAGAGACUGCAAACAGGAAGCUUUCAAUUAAAAGUACAUUAGCUCUUAAAAUCUCCACUAGUGCUUUGCCUGUGCACAAAUGGACAGAUUAUCAACUGCUAUUUCAUGUUAUUAUUUUAAAAAAUCUCCACAAAUCAAGUCUGAAAACUGAUGGAUUGCCAUUAUGUGCUAACCAGGUUAGUGAGAACAACACAGAAAAUCCUGGCAUGUCACAAUUUGAUCACAACAAUGUGAGAUUUACAUCCAAGUAAGCAUACAUAGGAUUGGAUUGAAAGUUUUCUGAUCACAUUCUGCAAGAUAGUACUAUAGUCUUGCUUGUUCAUCUAUGCAAGUAAUGCUUCUACAUUUGCUUCCAAAAUAGCAUUCUUUUAUGUGUUCACUUUAUUAGUGCUUAUGACAUCUUCAUUCCCAGGGCAGAUCUCUUGUCUCGUGUGAUAUCAAAAUAAUAUCAACAUAUAUACAUGGUCUUGAAAGAGAGCAGAUGAAGUGUGGUGUAGUGGCUAAAGUGUCAGACUGGGAGUCGGGAGAUCCGGGUUCUAGUCCCCACUCGGCCAUGGAAACCCCCCACUGGAUGAGUUUGGGCCAGUCACAGACUCUCAGCCCAACUCACCUCACAGGGUGGUUGUUGUGAGGAUAAAAUGGAGAGGAGGAGGAUUAUGUACGCCGCCUUGGGUUCCUUGGAGGAAAAAAGGCGGAAUAUAAAUGCAAUAAUACAUAAUACAUACAAUACAUUAAUCUGGACUGUACCACUUCAAAACCAUGACUGGGAUUGCACACAAUCAAAUGUUCCUCCAGACGAACAAAUCCCCUGAACAUAGAAAAGUAGACAUCAGGGAGAAGGUUAGGGCUAGAACCUCUCUCCAGGAAAUCUAGAUUUCUGCAUGCAGAGAUUACUUUUGUAUGGAGAAGCACCCAGUCAUCUGAAGUGCUAAAGUCCAGGCUACAUCCGCUGCAGGGAAGUCAAAGUCCUGUGGAUCUCCAUUCCUGAAGAUCUCUGUACCUUCCCUGUACUUGGCACAUCACAUGCUAUGCAUUUUUACUUCUUAUUUUUGCUGGAACCACCCUGGCUUUGGAUCAGACUGUUAAUUAACAUUGCUUCCCUUUACAGCAAACCCUUCAAGAGGUUAGAGCAAUUUAGAAGUAUAUCUACUACCUCUCUGUCCGUAGAAACGUUAACUUCUUCCUGUUACUAUCUUCAACGUUCAUUCAUGUUCAGAGUCACGAUACGAUAGAUGCUCACUACAGACUUUUUAUUUACUGCGUUCAUGUCUUUUUUGAAGAUGUCACUUGCCCCUGCUUUACUUAGUAACAAGCUUUAAAAGUGCUGUACCCCAACUUCUUGCUACCAGUGCUUCAUAUUGGUAUCUUUCGGGUAUCUUUUACAAUAAGGGAUGCUAGAAGGAUAUUGAUCGUUACUUACAAGUGCUCAGAACUUGUGGCGUUAUUACUGAUUUAUUGAGCUUGUUGCAAUGGCUUGAGUUCCUGUAUUAUGUUUACAUUACCCAGUGCAAAAGAGGAAGCAUGAAAAUGCUGUGAUGAGUACAUUUACAAUAAAUUUCUGAGAAUGAA